CACGAUCAACAAUCAAAAGUCAUUUCCUAUGCCGGAUAUACGGGCUUGACUCUCCACACUCUACGGAUAGACUCUAUUCUCGAGAUCGGCUGAUGUUCACGAGGGACAAAAUAAUCGACGCUUCUUCUCAAUCACAGUGUUUUGGUUGGCGGCGCUACAAAGUCAGACGUUCAACGAUCCUGAUCUACAAACACACGAGUCGUCCGUAUCACAUACAGAGCAAGGCCGUCCUCGGAUCUAGAAUGGCACACUCGAGCUCUUAUUACGCACUUUGGACACAGCAGACACAUCUCUUCACUGAGAUUGACCAGCUCAAAUAUCACACCGCAGACAUUGAGCGACAACUCGCACGAAAUCAGCGAACGUUGGUAAAUCCAGAAUCGAAACGCUGUAAUAGGAGGAAAGCCAAAUGGGUUGCCAGUUCACAGCGGAAAUACCUCAAGGAGUCAGAACGCACACUCCAAUUCCUCUUGCAAGCUCUCUCAGUCUGUCAAGCGCAGAUCGCUCGAAUACAUGCUGAGGCAUUAUGGCAAGCAGAUGAAUACAACAACUUUGGUCAUCAGUACAAUGUUUCCUCGUUGGACGAAAACCUGAGGCCUACACAAGAGACCUUCAGAUACCACAGCCGGUCCGCGACUCCAGACUCCGGGUUUUCAGAACCAGCAUUGUAUGCUCACCCCUUCGAUCUCGAUCUGACACAAGACGACAGAAACCACAUCUUCUCGCACCAAAUACAGCAUCCCCCUCCCUUGAGUAUAAACACACAAAUCCUGAGGCCACAAGCUACACAUUUACUCCCGACACCAUUGAGUCCGACAGCAGGCGACUUUACGCCAACGCCCAGAGCGACCACGCACAAAGCCAUAAGCCCACUAGCACCCCCAUUCAGUCCCUUUGUCUUUGGCAAAGCCAAUCCGCCAAGUCACAGCCAUCCAAUCAACUCGAAACCACUGUUCAAACAACCAGUGUGGGCCUCGCCGCUUGAGUGGAGUGAGCAAGUCGCUGCUGAACUCACACCCGUAUCACCUACUUCCAAGAUUAAAGAGGGAGCAGACGAUAUAGGGAUCAAGAGAGGAUAUUCUGUUGCUGCGAUUGAGUUGAUAGAGAGCCGAUUGAGGCAUAAGAGACAGAUUAGUGACGCUGGGAGAAGGGUAGGAGUACAGGGGUGAUUCUGCGUUGUUGAUGUCGCAUUGACAUGGUUGAUCAAUACCGCUUUUGGUUUCGUCUCGUGUAUAGUCAAGUAUCUCUGUGACCAAAUUACGUACAUUCUACAAGAUACACCCGAGGUUGUUGUCGAUACUUUCAAAGUCAUUAGAGAAC